AUGUUUAAUUUAUUUUUAUUAUUUUUAAUUUUUAAAUUAAUAAAUUUGGAGCCUAUAUUAAACAGGAAAUCGACUUAUUAUUGGAGUCAAAGAUCGCUGGAAUGUAUCAAUCACGGAUUAAAUAUUUCAAGAUGUUCACUUUUUGAAGAAGGAAGAAUAACAGAAUUAAAUCCUGGAUGUUUUGACGAAUUAAAUAGUCAAAAUAAAACUUUGGUUUAUUGUAGACUAAAAUGUGAGGAAUCUGAUGAAGCAACAGUUUUGAGAAAGGAACCUUCAAAUAAUCAUAUUUGUGCAUCUUAUCAUACGUAUAAUUUGGAAAGAAGGAGACGAGAUUGGUAAAAUAUAGUCAAGGAGCUCGUUAUAAAAUACUCCCCUAUACUCGAAAACCUCUAUUUAAAAGACGCGCUUUAAAAGAUGAUUGGCCACUUGGUGGGGGAGCUCUGUCUAAGCAAAACCUUCUAUUUAACAUACGCGCUUUAGAAAUUUCUACUGAACGGGGGAUCUGUCUA